CCGGUCGUCGCUGCCUCGCUGGCCGUUCGCUCGUCGCCUCCUCCUCCCUCCUCCCCUUCCCACGCCUCCUCUGACCUCGCCUCCGGCGCCUCGCCCGCUCCCCGAUCCGAGCCCUAGCCCUAGCUUCCUCUCGCCGGCGAUGCACCCCUCCGGCGCGGGGGAUUACGCCCCCUACUACCCCCCUUACCCCUCCUCCGCAGCGCCGCCCCCGGCCACCUACCCGUUGGUGCCGGCCCCGGCUUCCGCUCCCCCGUACUCGCCGUAUCCCACCGACUUCGCCCCCGCGCCGUCGUACCCCGCCUACCCGCCGGCCCAGCCCGUCGACCUCCCCCACUACGCGCCUCCGGCCGCCGCGCCGCCGCCCCCGCAGCCGUACUACCCCUACGAGCCGCCGCCACCGCUCCCUCCGUCCCCGCACAACCCGGUGCCGUCGCCGUACCCGUCGCUGGAUCGGGCGGGGAGCUACGGCUACGGAUCGGGCUCCGGCUCCGGGUACGGCCAGGAGCUGUACCCGCCCCAGCCGGCUGGCGGGGGCGGGUGGUCCGAUGAUGGGGUCUACGCGUACGACGGCGGCGACGCGCCGGAGCCAUACGGGGCCAGGGGGACCGCGCCGAGGUCGGGGUCGGGAUCGGGAUCCGCGCUGUUUGAUGACUACGGGAGGUCGAUUGGUGCCGCGACGGAUAGGGGUGGGCGUGGGGGUAGUGCGGUGAGCCCCAAGGUGGUGAGGGCCGUGCCCAAGGCGGAGACGACGGAGGACGUCAGGGGUGGGGUGCAGAAGUUCAGGGUUAAGCUGCUGCCGGAGGGGGCUGGGAGCCCGAUGGAUGUACUCUGCCAGGUUGGUUUGGAUGGAAUCCGGAUGCUUGAUCCCAACACUAGUAGGACUUUAAGAAUAUAUCCCCUUGAAACUGUAACUAGAUGGGAUGUAUUAGAUUCUUCUAUCUUUGCUUUUUGGUCCAAGAGUUCAGUGGAUGUUGAAGCAAAAAGGAUAAGGCUGAAGUCAAACAGCUACACAUCCAACACCAUUCUAGACACUGUAACAGCUGCCACUGUGCAGUUCAAGGAGAUGGGUGGGAGCAGUAUUUCAAGAAGUAGAGCAAUUGCUGAUGCAGCCAAGCCCGCUGAGCUGCAAAAUGAAAGGAGGAGAAUUUUCCCUGAUUUGAGGAAUUUAAUGAAGCCUAUGAAUGAGGAGAAAGAUCAUUGGGUCCCAGAUGAAGCUGUCACCAAGUGCACAGCAUGUGCAGCAGAUUUCAGUGCUUUCAACCGCAGGCAUCACUGUCGAAACUGUGGUGAUAUUUUCUGUGACAAGUGCACCCAGGGAAGGACUCCUCUAACUACGGAUGCUGAUGCUCAACCAGUCCGAGUUUGUGACAGAUGCAUGGCUGAAGUAACACAAAGACUUGCCAAUGCAAGGGAAGCGGCAAAUCGACCAAUUGUUCACAGCCAUGAGGAUCUUGCCAAAAAACUUCAGGAAGCCAUGGAUAUAAAUAAAAGGUCAUCUUCAGGGACAAGGUCAUCAGAUGUUUCUGGCAAGCGAAUGCGGGAAGUUGCGUGCCCUAUCUGCACGGUCCAUCUUCAGGUCCAAGUUCCAACUUCUGGUUCAGAGACAAUUGAAUGUGGCGUAUGUCAGCAUCCUUUCCUCGUCAGUGCCCGUUGAGGCAGCUGACACGCAGGGGUGUCUUCUCGGGUUCACGAACGGAAGUCCGCCCUGUUCGAUCGAGCUUGCUGCUUAAGUCAGACGAUCCACCAUGUCUGCAUGGAGUCCUUUGCGGCAUUCUGUAUAUGAAUUUAUGAAAUCCUGUGCAAAUUUAGUACAGUUAUGUUGUGGAGUAAGCAAGGGUGAAUAAGAGUUCCACUUUGCUGCAGUUACUUGAGAAAUCUGUGUAGCGUCAACUGGUAUGCCAUUUGAUGAGAGAUUUUCUCGCCACACGCCAUUGAUCGAAUGUGAUUUGGUACCGGGUUACGUGCGGUUUGCCUUUCACAAUACAUUCACUUUUCUUA